AUGGCUGUGUCCGUAUCUUCUCUUCAGUCUGAUCCAGUACGUCCAAUCGCACCUCGUCGCAUUGCACUCGUACUCGCCGUCUGUGUCUCGGAUCUCCUGCUCACCGGUCUCGUCUUUGGCUGGGCGCCGUUGCUGCUGUUGCUGGAAGAGGAAGACCAGUACGCGGAAUUGUGUCCGGUCGCGAGCGAGACCAUGUGCUCGGCCCAAGAGAACCGCCUGAACCUCAUGUUUGCAGUGGCUUCAAUCGCAAUGAAUGCUGGUGCACUACCCGUUGGUCUGGUGCUCGACCGCGUCGGGCCGUGCGUGUCUACCGCUGUCGCUGCUUUCGUCGAAGUCUCGGGCUUGUCUUUCUUGGCACUAUCGGACUCCAAGACGUUCGAUAUGUUCGUGCCCGCGUACGCCUUGGUCGCGUUUGGAGGCUGCAUCACCAUGAUGGCGUCGUUUCCAGCAAGCUUUCUCAUCAUGCGCCAUCAGACGGCCAUCCUUGCAGCAAUUAGCUGUCUCUUCGAUGGCAGCAGCGCCAUAUUCCUCGUCUUGUAUGCUGCCCACGAACAAUAUGGGUGGUCGAGGAAGACGCUGUUCCUGGCGUUUGCAGUGCUGGCCGCCGUUAUCUACUUGGGGCUCAUUAUUCUGUGGAGACUUAACGCGAAUAGUUUGCCGCCAAGACGCGGCCGUCGUAUCGAUGCAAACGAAGAAAAUGUGUCGACAACUUCACCGCAUGAGCAGCAGCAACUACUUUUGGCGAGCGGGACAGUCGGUACUGACUCGUACGAUAGUGUGGAGGCAGAGCGAAGCGGGAUACCGGCAGCUACAACGACGCGAGGCAACUGCGACGACGCAGUGUUCAGUCUCGUGGACACUGCUCUCACCGAGCAGUUGCAGUCGGUCGAGUUUGCGUUCAUCGUGGCGUUUGCAGCUCUGCAGGUGCUGCGUGCGACCAUUUACAUUGGCACGACCAACAAGCUGCUGGAGAACUUGGGUGACCGCGCUCAUGGCUAUGUCUACACAAAGGUGUUUAGCUUCGUGCUGCCCAUGGGGUUCGUCUUCGUGCCGUCGAUCGACUACGUCGUCGAAAGCCGUGGCUUGCCCCAAGCACUGCUGUUGACAAAUCUUCUGGGCGUGCUCUACAACGUGCUCGAACUAGUGCCAAGUCUGCUGAUGCAGUGCCUGACGUUCGUCGUCUUCACGGCGUUUCGGGCGUUCCUGUACGCGACGAUCUCGGCAUUUACUGCCAAAACCUUUGGCCGCACGACUAUGGGCUCGCUCAUGGGCAUUAUCUUCUCCAUUGGAUCCAUCGUGAGUCUCGCAGAGUACCCCGCCGUGUACGUCUCGACCUCAAUGUUCCAUGGCGACUUGACCGCACUCACUGCGCUGUCUCUCGUGCUCUGCGUGCUCCUGACCCUAUGGACAAUGUACCUACACAAGUACCAGUUGUCCCGGUAA